AUGGCAAGAAGAUCAAUACAAGUCUUUGAAUCAAGCCAUCUAAUGAACACAGCCCAAAUCUUAAGAGAAUCAAUAGGAAUCUUACUUCUCCGUCCAAACCAUUUCCAUUCCAUCUCUAUUUUCCUCUUCUCACCUCUUCCAAUUUCCCUUUUCAUCUCACACUUCCUCCUUCACCAUUUUCCUGAAAUACCCUUCUCCACACUUAAGAUCACAGGCCAUUUACUUGGACAAAACAGAUUAUAUCCAAAUCCAACCCUGCCCAAAAUUCUAUCCAAAACCAUUGUUCACAUCAUCAUUUGCUUUCCCUCCUCCAUCACCUUCUCUCUCCUUGGAAGGGCCGCCACCAUUCAAGCAGUUUCUGACAGUUACAAUGGAAUCAACCUGAAUGGAAGAAGGCUACUAUUAAGAAGUGGUUUGUCUUGGGUGAAGCUCCUCCACACAAGUUUUUGGGAGUUUGUAAUUGUGAUUACCCUUUUUGGGGCUAUGGUUGCUUGUUUGGCAACAGUGCCAAAGGUACUAUAUGCAUUUGGGAUAUGUUCAAGGGUGGUAGGUUUCUGGGGUACCCUAGGGUUUCUAGGGGUGCCCUUUUGUGUGGCAUUUGCACAUGUUAUGGUUUUGGGGAAUUUAGCUAGGGUUUUAUCAGUGUUGGAGGGUGAGUGUUUUGGGUUGGAGUCAAUGAUGAAGGCCAGGAGUCUGAUGGAGGGAAGGAGACAAACAGCCCUAGUGAUGGCGUUGUUGAGUAAUGUGGGAUUUAGACUAGUUGAAUGUUUGUUUGAGUUUAGGAUGUGUAAGGGGAUGAGUUUGUGGGAAGGUCCGUUGUUGGUUUCCAUGUAUUCUUUGGUGCUUGUUUUGGACUCUGUCAUGAACGCCGUCUUCUAUUAUACAUGUAAACCGUGGGGUUCUUCUACCACAUUUUGA